AUGAAGGAUCACGAGGAAAAUAAAGGUGAUAUUCAGAAUGCACAAAUAUACUUAGAAAAUGAGACAUUAAUAUUAAUUAAGGACGAUAAAACUGCGCUUAGAAGAUUGGAUUUGGAGAGUUGUAAUGUGAUGCAGAUACCUUCUGCUCCUGACUUUAAAUUAUACUAUAGGACAGUACCAGAAGAUAUGGGUGAGGGGUUUUCUAAACGGCUUCGAGUACAAAUAGUUGCAAUUUCAAAAAACUUUAGUAAAGAAGAGGAGAAAGGAGAUUUAAAUCUAAUAUUCAAUGUUCUUAGGGAAAAGCUCAAUCAUUGGAAUAAAGAACUGGAACUACGAACUGAAAUUGCUCUUCAGCAAGAAUAUAUUAAAAUCGGAAAUGAAUGCACUAAUACUAAACUCCCAACUUUACUUAAUCUUUUAAAUGUUUUAUGCUCAGAUAGAGUAACCACGGGAGAGCAGAGAAAACAGAUUAGGGACACAAUCAACUUAUUUUUGAUGGGAGAAAUUAGAUACGACGAUAUAUUUCUCAUUUUUUCUCAAAUAUUGGGAGAUAAAGUACUUCAUCAUCUAAUUACUUCUCUUGAAGGACCCUUAGAAAAUGAUGGUAGUUUAGACUUCUCAUGGAUGCUUCGUUCAUUUGAGUUCAAAAAAGAGAUUUCUCCACUUGAAAACCUUUUAUCCUAUACAAACAUCCAGAACUUCCUUCAAAACUCUGUUAAACUGUACCCAUUUAAUGGUUUUGAUUCUGAAGAAAUCCCCAAUGUGGGAUAUUCUUCUGUUAAAUGUGGUCCAUACUUGAUAUUUUUGGGUGGAAUAAAAACAUCAAAAAGAGAACAAGGAAUCAGAAGUAUUCUUUUACACUCUUUUGACAAAAUUCAAGUCUUGAAUAUAGAAACCUUAAAAGUUUCCAACUUUAGUUGUUUUGGUCCUACUCCAAAAUCUAUAAUACACCAUUCUAGUAAUUUACUUAUGUCUCAAUCUGGUCCUAAGAUACUUCUUUCAGGUGGGCUCUACUGGGAUGACUCUUCCAGAAAAUUCAGCUUUUCUGAGACAACUUCUGUAUUUGAUAUGAAAACCAGAAGCUGGAAUAUACUAAAUGGUUGUGCAAAUACUCCCAGAUUUUUCCAUACAUCGCUCACAUACCCACAAUAUUCCACUGGUAAAUCUUCCCAAUUUGUCAUUGUUUUUGGAGGUCUUACAAAAAGUCUAACAGAGAUUUCUCCCUCUAAUGAUCUUUGGAUUUUCUCCGCCAAAUUCAACUCAUGGACACAGGUAGCUGUCCUUCCUGCACCAAACUCUGCCCAAACUGAACUUCCAACCCCAAGGUUUGGCCAUAGCAUGGCUUGGAUUAAUGAGAAAACAUUUCUGGUGUAUGGAGGCGAAAGUAGAACAAAAGAUGGUGAUGAUAAUUACAUUGGAAUAUUAUUAAAUGAUAUUUGGUCAUUUACAAUAAAUUCAAGUGAACAUGAUAUAGAGAAUUUAAAUAUUAGAGGCCACUGGACCAAAAUAUCUUCUAUGGGGUCUCCAAGGCCUUCAUCUUCUCUCCAUGCAUGUAUUUCUUUAAGCUUUCCCAAGACUAAUUCUAAAGUUCAGAGAAUUACUGACCUAAUGCUUGGAACUCCAAAUGACUCCAAUUACAGCAACCAACUGCUUUUCAUCGGAGGAUGCACAUCUCCUUUGAUUAAAAACUACCCCAUUUGUUUGAAUGACCAAGAAUCAGUUUCUGAAGAUGCCAAGCAUAAUCAAGACUGGUUUCUGUUUAGUAUGGAAAGCUCAAGGUUCGAACUUAACUCAAAUAAAAAACUUCAAAUGAGCAUUCUAGAUAUCAAUUCAAAUGAAUGGAAAAGUAUAGAAAAUCUUAGAGUCUCUAAUCCUUCCCCUACUACAAAGUCAAUCCUCACCCCUCUAAUUGACCAGGAUGACUUCUCGAAUACUACUAUAUUAGGAGGUACAUCAUUAAUGUUCGAGACAUUCUCCAUUAAUAAGAACACAGUAAUCCCCUGUGUUCUUCUCCAAAAGUUGGAUCAAAAUAGUGAUCAGAGCAAAACCAAGAAGAAUAAGUUUUUUGCACUUUCAUUAUUAGGCUUGGAGCCAUACUAUUCUAAUACUUGUAAUGAAGAAGAUCAGAAUCAGAAGCCAAACAAUAUAAAUCUUAUUUCAGAAGAAUCCUUAAUUUUAGAUUCAGUUUCUAAAUAUUUAAAGCCAAAGCCAAACAAGAACUUUUCAAUUUCAACUUCUAUAUUCUCUCCUCUAAGUUCAUCUCAAAGCUGGAUCUUUGGAGCUAUUGCUCAUUUGAUAGACAAUUCCUUUUCUACUGAAGUUAACUCUAGUCUAUUUGAGAUUUCAAUAUGCAAAAACUAUAUUUCUGUUAUAGACAAUGGUUCAGGACUUCUUUAUGAAGACUUAAAUAAACUAUUUAGACAUUUUGGAACUGAUUCCAAUGGUUCACUAGUUGAAUAUCAAACGGAUCUGAAACCAAGUUCAUCAUUAAAAAUGUAUGGUCUUGGAUUUAAACAUGCCUUUUCACGUCUUUCUGAAACCUGUAUGGUUUUCACAAAAACAAACAAUUAUAUUGGAGUAGGUUUAAUCUCCAAGUAUAUUAUGAAAUCAGAAAAUCUGGUCGAAAAUAAAUAUUGGACUCCAAUUUGUUACUGGUAUUCUGAUACAAUGAAGCCCUUAAUUCCAAAAGGAUCAACAAUAUCAGAACAUGAAGAGAACCAAAAAUUAAUCUUUAAAUAUGGUUUUGUGAAAGAUCCAGAUCUUUUCUAUGACCAUUUUAAUUCAAUAGAUUCUUGCUCAGGUACAAAAAUCAUGUUUUCUUUGAAUGAAGAGUAUAUAAAACUGCAUCCAACUCAGUAUAUGGAGAUUUCUGAGAUGGGAAUUAAUCUUUUAAAUCAAGAAAACUCUUUUAUCGACUUAAACUAUCACAAUUCCUGUAAAUUUUCAAUCCCUAAUGAAGAAGAGACUCUUACACAAUCUUUGGAAACAAUGAAUUCUUCUAUUUCCCCUUACUGGAAUUCUGAGAGAUUUUCAAUAGAUUACUCUCUGUCUACUUAUUUGGGUUGGCUUUACCUGAAUAAAACCCAAAAAAUAUUUUGCCAAGGAAAACUUCUUGCUUAUGACAAUAACUCUGAAUCCUUAAGCUUAUACGAGUUUUUAACUCAGCAUCUAAAGUACUCUGUGGAACUAUCUAGAAUCUACAAAAAUGGCUCCAAUGAUGGUGCAUUCGCCUUAAUUGGGAAGCUUUCUUCAACUUCUAAGAAUAAUGACAAACAAGAAAUUUCAAUGGAAACGGAGUCGGAAAUAGGAAAAGUAAAUGCAAAACGCUCAAAUGAAAUCUCUUCUAUCAACUCCGAAAUCACUCAAUCUGAGCAUCUAUUUGAAGCAGGCAUCCUGCUGUAUUAUAAUGGCCGUCUAAUUAGGAGACUAGAACACACUUUCCCAAAUACAAAAGUUAAAGAAGCAAAUAAAUUCCAGGUAACUGCUCUAAUCAAUGUCCCACAAUGGCUUAAACCUGCCAGUAACAAGCAAGAAUUCGUUCUAGAAAGAACCGGAGUUUUUGAAGAAUUUCAAGAUUACAUUAGAGGAAUCAUUUCUGAAUAUAUCAACAUUCAUCUUGACCAAAAUAAGCUUAAGGCAUGGGAGGCUGAAUUUAACAAUUCAAACUCUGAAGAUUUAAGCUUACUUCGGCCCAAUAAAAUCCCCAAAUUAGAAGGAUAA